AUGAAUCAUUUAGAUGAUUUUGAUCCGAAUAGCUUCUAAUAAUCUUCUAUUUAAAAUGUAAAUUUCGACUUUGAAGGGAAUGUGAAGAACAUUUAAACUUCUGCAAAUCAGAACAAAAAGAUAAAAGAAAAUACAAAAAAUACGUACAUUAAAAAAAUUAGUUCAUUAAUGAAAUUAUCUCCGACGCAAGAAAAGAUUGAAGAGAAAAUGUAAAUUAUUAGAUUAAUUUUAAAGGCCAGAAAAAAAAAUGCUAAUGAAGCCUUUUUAGAGUUAAUAACAAUUCAAUUACGUCUCUCAGACAGAAAAGGAAGAUAAACUAGCAAAGAAUAGAGAAUCUGCAAGAAAUAGUAGAAAAAGAAAGAAAAUUUAUCUGGAAUUACUUGAAAACAAAGUGACAAAAUUAUCAGAAUAAUUGGAUUUAUUUAAAGAUGUUAAUGAUAAAACCUAUAGUUUGGCAUAAAAUUUAUAAAUUAAAUUAACUCAAGUAACCAAUUACAAUAUUAACUUAGAAAAAAGAGUAAGAUUAAACCAAAUGCAUUUUAUUCAACAACCUACAAACAUCAUUAACAAAUACUGCAUCAGAGGCAAAUGUUGAUUCAAUAAUAGAUUCUUUAAAUGUAAGAUAUGAGUAUAUUUAGAAAAAAUUCGGUUCAGCAUCUCAAGAAAGAUAAUUUUUAAUUGACCAUUAUGCAAGAUAGAUAAAUGAAAAUUGUUUAGCUCCCUUUUGCAAUUAUAUCAUUUAAAUAGCUAAGAAAUAAGAUGAUAUCUUCUCAUAAAAUGAAUAGUACAAUUGUAUUAUUAUUAUAGAAAUAUGAAUCUUAAUUUGUUAUCCUAGUUGAAGUUGGCAGAUAAGCAAAAGUAAAUUCUUUUGAAGAAGUAAUAAAAAUUAGCCAAGCAUUAUUAGGAUAUAUCUAAGUAUUUAUGUAGGUCUAAUAGACUAGUUCUGUUACCUAAAUUAUGGACACAAAAUCUUAGAUUUAAAAGGAGCUUGCAUCAUUUGAUUCAACUCUAGAUCAAUUGAGAUCUGAAUUAAGACCAUCUUAAGUCGCUAAAUUACUUUUAGCCAUAGAAAAGAAAGAUAUGCAACAUCACUUUAAAGAGUCAUUUGAGAAAUUCUUUGGGCAUGAUAUAGAAGAGGAUGACUCAUUAGAUUUAUAUUAGUUUAUGACUGAACGUAAUUAAUGUAACUCUCUUGGAAUUGACAUCUAAAAUACCUAUGAUGUUUUUAGAGCAUCUCAUGACUUUCUGUUUGGCAAAAAUGAAGAAUUGGAAGUUAAUUAGCUAAAUGGUAAAGAUGCAUGA